AUGGCGUCUUCUCCUCGAUCUAUCUUUAGUAAUGAUUCCUCAGAAAACAUCGAGUCACCAGCGACACCUGAAACCCAAGCAUUCUUUGACCUGAAUCAACACAACGGCAAUCAACCAGAGGAUAGAUAUGUCCUUGUAACUGGCGGUCUGGGGUUCAUUGGGAGCCAUACAUCAAUCGAACUUCUAAAAUCUGGUUACAACAUCGUUAUCAUUGACAAUCUUAGCAAUUCUUAUCAAUCAGUCCUGGACAGACUCAUUCAAAUUUCUCACCUAGUCUAUGGUGGAAGACUAGACGACUGUCCCAAGGUCCACUUUCAUCACUUCGACUACCAAAACUCCCUUGCUUUGCGGGAGGUAUUAGAUGUAUACUCCCUUCCAACCAAACAUGGGCAGGCGUUACGUUCACAAAUCACGGGCGUUAUUCACUUUGCGGCGUUCAAGUCUGUCUCGGAUAGCAUUAAGUAUCCCUUGGAGUACUACCGAAACAAUAUCAACGGGCUUGUCGAUUUCUUGAGUGUGUUGCAUGACUAUAACAUCAAAAAAUUUGUCUUCUCCUCCUCCGCAACUGUUUACGGGACUAUCGCGGACCGUGGGAUUCCAGUGCGAGAAGAAGAUUGUGUCCAUGAGCCUGAAAUCUACCAUGACCAAACAGGAACUGCGUCGGUAGCUUCUCAAGGCUGUACGGGGUUGACGAAUCCCUAUGGGCGAACAAAAUUCUUUGGCGAGGCUAUUCUCUCAGAUCUCGCGAAUUCAGAUGAGACAUGGAGAAUUGCUGCCUUGCGUUAUUUCAAUCCUGUCGGCUGUGAUAAGUCCGGUCUAUUGGGGGAAGAACCCAAAGGCAUACCAUCAAAUCUUGUUCCUGCCGUAACCAGAGUGCUGAUUGGUGAUAUCCCUAGUCUCUCAGUCUUCGGAGAUGACUGGCAGACCCCAGAUGGAACUGCGAUUCGCGAUUUCAUCCAUGUGACCGACCUCGCGCAGGCUCAUAUCAAGUCUUUAGCUUUCUUGCAAAGCAUGACCACGACCAGGAAUUUUCGGACCUACAAUAUAGGAACAGGGCAGGGGCACUCUGUCAAGCAAGUCGUCCGGGCGAUGGAGGAAGUUUCUCAAAAACUCAUCCCCAUUAUUACCAGUGGAAGGCGACCUGGUGAUGUCGGAAUUUGUGUGGCUCGGACUGAUCGUGUAUCAAAGGAGCUUGGGUGGACAGCAAAGAUGACUUUGAAAGAAGCAUGUACUGAUAUUUGUACAUUCCUGCGUGCCAGGGACUAUUUCUAA